ACUUAUUGCUGAUAAUACAAACUGAAUAUCUUAAUCUUGUAUCACAACACUGAACACAAGUAUUUCUGAAAUAAAAGCUGACUUCUUAGACAACUGAAACAGAAGCAAAGAGCAUAGAAAUGGAGGUGGAGAGGAAAAGAAGCCCCCCUCACGCACUGCUGCUUCCUUACCCUACUCAAGGCCACAUAAACCCCAUGCAUCAGUUCUGCAAACGCUUGGUCUCGAAGGGCAUCAAAGUCACACUUGCAAAUACUGUCUGCAUCUCCAACUCCAUGUUUUCUGACCCCAAGAGCCUCAUCUCUUUCGAAACUUACUCAGAUGGUUUUGAUCAGGGUGGCUAUGCCCAAGCAGAGAGUGUUGAUAUCUACCUCUCCAGUCUGCGCACUGUCGGCUCCCGGACUCUGCAAGAACUCCUCAAGAAACUUGAUGAGUCUGGCAACCCUGUGAAUGUGCUCAUUUAUGAUGCUUUCUUGCCUUGGGCUCUGGAUGUUGCUAACAAGUUUGGACUUGUUAAAGCUGUGUUUUUUACCCAGUCAUUUGCUGUCAACUACAUAUAUUAUCAUGUCUACAAGGGUCUUAUCUCUCUCCCACGGCCGGGUGAUAACCCAUCAAUCAUUUCCAUUCCUGGCUUGCCUUUGUUUAGAUCAUGGGAAACUCCAGCUCCUUUGGAUUACUUGGAUCUUGUAGUGAAUCAGUUCUCUAAUGUUGAUGAUGCAGAUUGGGUCUUUUUUAAUGCAUUCCACAAACUGGAAGAAGAGGUUUCGGGGUACCUGCCAAAGUUCUGGAAAGUGAGGACGAUAGGACCAACACUGCCAUCUAUGUACCUGGACAAGAGACUUGAAGAUGAUAAAGAUUAUGCUAUUAAUCUUUUCAAGCCAAACAAUGAGGUUUGCAUGAACUGGCUAAACGAUAAACCUAGUGGAUCAGUCAUAUAUGUUUCAUUUGGAAGCUUCAUAACAGUGAGUGUAGAACAAAUGGAGGAAAUAGCACAGGGGCUCAAGGACUGCAACCACAACUUUUUGUGGGUUGUGAGGAAAUCAGAAGAGGCAAAGCUCCCGAAUAACUUUAUCAAUGUGAUAUCAGGAAAGGGUUUGGUGGUGACAUGGAGUCGACAGCUGGAAAUAUUAACACACGAGUCAGUAGGUUGUUUCGUGACACAUUGUGGAUUCAAUUCAGUUCUGGAAGCCAUAAGUUUGGGAGUGCCUAUGGUGGGGAUACCGCAGUGGACUGAUCAGCCCGCGAAUGCCAAGUACGUGGAGGAGGUUUGGGGCGUGGGGGUCAGAGCUAAGCCAGAUGACAAGGGAAUUGUGAAAGGAAAAGUGCUGCAAUCUUUAAUAGCAGAGGUUAUGGAGGGGGAGAAAGGGAAAACAAUCAAGACCAGGGCGGCCAACUGGAAGAAUUUGGCUAAAGAAGCUGUCGAUGAAGGCGGAACCUCAGAUAGGAAUAUUAAUGAAUUUGCUGCUACAUUGUUGCACUAAGCCUCUGUUUCAGCCGAAGCAGAUUUCGAAAGUUCCACUCAAUUUAAUAUUUAUUGGAAGGCUUCAAGUACUUGGAAGAAAGUUGUCAGUCCUUGUUGUCUGAGCUUCUUGAAACAGUUGCAUCCGUGGAUGAUAAGGGAGGUCAAACUGUGGCUAGUAAACGAAGUGGUAGCAGCAUUAUUGGAAUAGCUGUAGCUGCAGAAGGGUCCGCAGCAGUGGUUUCUGGGAUUCCUAAUGGCAGGCGCAAGCGGAGGCGCCUCUAGGGUCAGUGUUUUGUGGAAGGUGCAAUAAAAUUGGAGUAAUGUUCCUAACAAAACACUAGUUCGUCAUAGCAUCAGUACUAAGUUUCUGGUUUUUUUCUUUUUUUAAAUGUUCUUUUUAAAGUUCAGUAUGCAGUUUCUAUAUAUUGAAGUUUGAAGUUGGAACUUUCUCCUUAA